AAAUUCAUAUGAUUGUUACAUUUAUAUUUUCAAAAUAAGUGCAAUAUCUCUCACAUCCUGCUAAGAAUUUAAUUAUUCUUGAUGGAGUAAUAUCGCAGUGUUUGAGUGAUAAGAAAAAUAUUACAAAAAGAUCCGGUACGACAUUAGACCUUGAAAAUUGCAAACCAACAUACUUAAAGAAGCAAAUAGCAAAAUCAGAAUCAAAACAUUACAGUUCAUUUAUUUAAACAGAACGACUUCGAUCAGUGGAACGAGAAGCAUUAACCGUCGAUAAGAUAAUCAAAACUCACACCAUGGCGGAUCAAUCUGUAGAACUUCCAGCACAAUUCAUUGAAGGUGUCCAGGUCAACCCAAUGUAUGAUCCUGAUAUUUUUCGCUCAGCUAUUAAAUACAAACCACAAUCUGAUGACGUAUUCAUCGCAACCUACCCCAAAUGUGGAACUACCUGGGCCCAGCACAUUCUCUUAUUCGUUUUUCGGCAAGGACAGCCUCUAGAAUCGCAAAUGAUGUUUUUCACUAACGCACCUUUUCUUGAAAUAGCAGGUGGAAAGGUAGCGGAAAGUAUGCCUAGGCCUGUAGCUUUCAAAACUCAUUUACCAUUAGGUUUGAUCCCUUGGUCUGAUGAUGCCAAAUAUAUUUACAUAACAAGAAAUCCCAAAGAUUGCUGCGUCUCCUACUAUCAUCACGUGAAAAGCACUCCGCAUCAUGGUUUUGCUGGGGAUUUCAAUCAAUUUUUUGAAAUUUUCAUCUCUGGAAAGGUUGACUUUGGGGACUACUUUGAUCAUGUGAUGGAAUGGUAUGAGCGCAGAAACAACCCGAAUGUGAUUUUCAUGACUUACGAAGAAAUGAAAGAAGAUCCGGAAGCUGCCAUCUUGAAAAUGGCUUCGUUCAUUGAUGAAGAGAAAUUCGCCAAGCCUCUGAGAGACGAUCCCGAAAAAUUGAAAAACGUGCUGGAAUACAGCAGUUUCAAGCACAUGAAAGAAGUGUUCAACAAAAGCAUUGGCGAUCUUUUCAAAAUGUCGGCAGAAGGCAUUGAUAAAUUGGGUCUUCCUGAAGAAGUAAAGAAAGUUUUCGCCAAGAUAAAAGAAAACGCUCCACCAGUGGAUACUCUUCCUCCAAUGAACUUUGUUCGAAAGGGCAUCAUCGGAGACUGGAAGAACUAUUUUACUGAAGAACAGAGUAAGCGUAUGGAUCAAAAAUUUGCUGAAAGAAUGAAGGGCACAGAGUUAGAAACUCUUUGGAAGAAAUACAUGUAAUAUUCUUUCACUUGAAACUGUAGGCACUCAGGAAAACUUUCCUGUUUUGUUUUUUUAGUUUCAGACUUUUAGUUCAGAUUAAGUAUUAAUAAAUAUAUUUGCCAUUUUAAUAAGAAGAAUGUUUAAGAUGUUAAAAAUGAUUACAUUUUUUGAUAAAAUAAACGACUGAACCAU